AUGGACGGUUCCGAUCUUUCGGCAACUUUCAAGAGGCGAAAACCGAUUGAAUAUCAUCGGCCAAUCUACUCAAAUCUAACGACGUUCUCUUUUGCAAAUGGCCCUACCGUGUUUAGUCCGCGUAGAAAGAUGACAGCGGACGAACCAAAGCCUUUGCAUGAGCAAGAUAAUUUAGGGACGGAUUCGUCAGAUGAAAUGGCUUCGAACUCUCCUCCAGCGCAAGCUGGUUUUUACCAUGACAUGAGGGAAGCCAUAUUGCAUGCUGGAAGAGCUGUCAUGACGAUUGUUGGGCUUCCUGGCUCAAAAAAUGCAGAAGAGAAGGAACUCCCGAGCAAACAAGAUACACACAUCAAAAGAGAGCUCUCUGAGUCCAAUAUUACCCCAAACAAAAAAUUAAAGACCACAGAUGAGCCCGGCGCUCCUACGAACAAUGCAACACAAACGCCUUCUAAAGCGGAUGGUUUGAAAGCUCUGGAAAAAAAGUUAGAAAACUCUAUCACGCCCGAAAGAAAUGGUGGCAUCCUGUUUUCAACCAAAAAAGAUCCGAUGCGUUGGGAUUUCGCGGAUUCUAAUGCAUCACCUGUUUUGACCGAAAGUGUACCAUAUGGAAGUGCUUUCGUGAGGAAGCGAGCGUCGAAAAAUAAUAGCGGUCUCUCUCAAGGACAGAUCACGGCACGAAGUUCAUCGGAGGAAAUAUCUUAUCUUCGGAUGGUAUACAAUGGACACUAUAAGGCACCCGACCUCAUUGAAAGCCAUAAGAAUGAACAGCUUUUAUUGCGAGAACAGGAGCUCAAACAAUUUAGCAGGCCAUCGUCACAGCCCUGGUCCAGUUUGACAGAAAAAGUCAAGGACAUUUUGAGUAAAAGCCUCGGAGGACCCACUAAUGACGAUCUUAUUAUCAUAAAAGAACAGAGAGUGCUGCCGACAGAGGCAAGAAAGGAACAAACAAAAAAUCGAUCUUUCAGAUUUGACACGUCAGUGCUUACUUUCAAGGAGGAAUUUGAAAGUUACAGGAAGUUGAAAGAGGAACGAGAGAGGAUCCAAAACGAAGUCAGAAAGCUUCGUGAAAAGCCUCAAUCCUUAGUACCUGCUCUGGUGCCUGAAGAUCUCAAGGUAGUGAAAAAUACCUUGUGUCGGUCGGAUAAUGGCAUUAUAAUGAACAAGAACAACAUCGAGUUGAAAGUUUACGACUUCAAAACCCUGGCACCAAAUAGGUGGCUUAACGACAUAAUAAUAGAGUUUUUCAUGAAGCACAUUGAGCUCACCACUUCCCGAGCGAUUGCAUUUAGCUCAUACUUUUACACCUCGCUUUCGAGAAAUGGAUAUCAAGGUGUAAGAAGAUGGAUGAAAAAGAAGAAAGCGGAUGUGAACCAUUUAGACAUGAUAUUUGCGCCAAUCAACCUCAAUCAAUCACAUUGGGCGCUUGGUGUUAUCGAUAUCAAAAACCGGAAAAUAUUCUACGUGGAUUCCCUUUCAAGUGGCCCGAGCACUAUGAGCUUCGCGAUUUUGAGAGAUCUUCAAAAUUACAUAUGUCAGGAAAGCAAAAAUACACUGGGUGCUGAUUUCGAACUCAUUCAUGAAGAUUGUCCACAACAGCCUAAUGGGUUUGACUGUGGGGUCUAUGUUUGUACGAAUGCCCUAUAUUUGAGCAAAGGGGUGCCUUUGGCAUUUGAGUACCGGGACGUGCAAAAAAUGAGACCCUACAUUGGACAUUUAAUUCUCACUGGUGACUAG